UGCGCGUGUGCACCAGUGUGGAGGCGAGCCGACGCACGCAUGCAGAGCCCAGCGUCGCGAGGCGGCAGCAGCGGGAGUACCGGAGGCGGGAUGGCCCGUCGCGAGCCUCACACGGUCCGCUCCCGUCGACUGACGCCGCAUCAAACCCCUCCGUCCGUCGCGUGCGUCCAUCUUUCCUCCGCGAAUUGCUGCAUUGCUGUGUUCCAGGUGUAGCGGCAUGCGUGUGUGCGUGUGUGCGCGCGCGCAUGUGUGCACGUAGCGGCUGCUGUGCGCGUGCGUGUCUGCGUGUGUGUUGGCUCGGCGCGAGGCGGAUGAGGCGCGUGGAUGCUCGGUCGGGGGAGAAUGCUGCGGCAGGUCCUCCACAGAGGGCUGAAGGCGUCAUUCUACUGGCUCGGCCUGUUCGUCAGCAGGCACCCCGUGUUCUUCCUCACCGUGCCCGCCGUGCUCACCAUCAUCUUCGGCUUCACGGUGCUCAGCCGCUUCGAGCCCGAGACCGACCUGGAGGCGCUCGUGGCGCCCACCCACAGCCUGGCCAAGAUCGAGCGCAGCCUGGCCAACAGCCUGUUCCCCAUCGACCAGUCCAAGCACAAGCUGUACUCGGACCUGCACACCCCGGGGCGCUACGGCCGGCUCAUCCUGCUGGCCCGGGCCGGGGGCAACGUGCUGGAGCUGGCCCGGGAGGUGCUGCUCGUGCACCAGCAGGUGCUGGAUCUGCAGGUCAACUAUAAGGGCUUCAACUACACCUUCGCCCACCUGUGCGUGCUCAGCCACCGGGACAAGAGCUGCCUGCGGGACGACAUCGUCACGGUGCUGGAGGACAUCCGGUCUGCGGUGCUGGCCAACAGCUCGGUGCACAAGGUGCCGCUCGGAUACCCCAACACCACGCUCAAGACCGGCCGCGUGUCCUUCAUCGCCCACCAGCUGGGGGGCGUGUCCUUCUCGCCCAACAGCCGCGACCAGCAGGUGAAGUUUGCGCGCGCCGUCCAGAUCACCUACUACCUCCGCAACCAUGGCCCGCCCGUGCAGGACGCCAUCGCCGAGCGCUGGGAGAGCGAGUUCUGCGCCCUGGUGCGGCGCCUGGCCCGCCUGCGCCCCCCCCACGCCACCGACCAGCUGCAGGUGCAGUCGCUCACCUCAGGGAGCCUGUGGCGUGACUUCCACCGCACCGGCGUGCUGGCCAAGGGGGAGGUGCUGGUGAGCCUGGUGCUGGUGCUGCUGGCCGCCACCGUGUCCUCCUCCAUGCGGGACUGCCUGCGGGGGAAGCCCUUCCUGGGGCUGCUGGGCGUGCUGACCAUCUGCAUCGCCAGCGUCACCGCCGCCGGCAUCUUCGUCAUCUCCGACGGGAAGUUCAACGCCACGCUGCUGGGGGUCCCCUUCUUCGCCAUGGGUCACGGGACUAAAGGCGUGUUCGAGCUGCUGGCGGGCUGGCGGCGGACCCGGGAGAACCUGCCCUUCAAGGAGCGCGUGGCGGACGCCUUCGCCGACGUGAUGGUGUGCUACACCAUGACCAGCUCGCUCUACAUCAUCACCUUCGGCAUGGGCGCCAGCCCCUUCACCAACAUCGAGUCCGUGAAGAUCUUCUGCCAGAGCAUGUGCGUGGCUGUCCUGGUCAACUACUUCUACGUCUUCUCCUUCUACGGCUCCUGCCUGGUGUUCGCCGGCCAGCUGGAGCAGAACCGGUACCACAGCGUGUUCUGCUGCAAGAUCCCGUCGGUGGAGUACCUGGCCCGCCAGCCCACCUGGUUCAAGACCAUGAUGAGCGACGGCCACGACCUGUCCACGCACCACGACAGCGUUCCCUACCAGAACCACUUCAUCCAGCACUUCCUGCGGGAGCACUACACCGAGUGGAUCACCAACACCUACGUCAAGCCCUUCGUGGUCAUCCUGUACCUCAUCUACGCCUCCUUCUCCUUCAUGGGCUGUUUGCAGAUCAGCGACGGCUCCAACGUGGUCAACCUGCUGGCCAGCAACUCGCCCAGCGUCUCGUACGCGCUGACGCAGCAGAAGUACUUCAGCAACUACAGCCCCGUCAUCGGCUUCUACAUCUACGAGCCCAUCGAGUACUGGAACUCCACGGUGCAGGAGCACCUGAAGACGCUGAGCAACGGCUUCAACAAGAUCUCCUGGAUGGACAACUUCUACCACUACCUGCGCGUGGCCAACGUCAGCGCGUCCACCAAGAACGAGUUCAUCCACAUCCUCAAGGGCUCCUUCCUGCGCAGCCCGGAGUACCAGCACUUCACGGAGGACAUCAUCUUCUCCAAGAACCGCGAGAGCGACGAGUACGACAUCAUCGCCUCGCGCAUGUACCUGGUGGCGCGGACGGCGGAGAAGAAGCGCGAGGAGGUGGUGGAGUUGCUGGAGAAGCUCCGACCGCUGAUGCUCAUCAACAGCAUCAAGUUCAUCGCCUUCAACCCCACCUUCGUGUUCAUGGACCGCUACAGCUCCUCCGUCAUCUCGCCCAUCCUCACCUCAGGGUUCAGCGUGCUCACCAUCCUCAUCCUCACCUUCUUCCUGGUCAUCAACCCGCUGGGGAACCUGUGGCUGAUCCUCACCGUUACCUCGGUGGAGCUGGGCGUCCUGGGCCUGAUGACGCUGUGGAACGUGGGCAUGGACGGCAUCUCCAUCCUGUGCCUUAUUUAUACUCUCAACUUCGCCGUGGACCACUGUGCGCCGCACCUGUACACCUUCGUCCUGGCCACCGAGCACACGCGGACGCAGUGCAUCAAGCUGGCGCUGGAGGAGCACGGCGCGGCCAUCCUGCAGAACGCGUCCUGCUUCGUGAUCGGGAUGGUGCCGCUGGUGUUUGUGCCUUCCAACCUGACCUACACGCUGUUCAAAUGCUCCCUGCUGACGGCCGGCUGCACCGUGCUGCACUGCUUCGUCAUCCUGCCCGUCUUCCUCACCUUCUUCCCGCCGUCCAAGAAGAGGCACAAGAAGAAGAAGCGAGCCAAGCGGAAGGAGCGCGAGCGCGAGAGGGAGCGCGAGAGGGAGCGGGAGGAGAUCGAGUGCAUCGAAGUGCGGGAAAACCCUGAUCACGUGACCAACGUCUGAUCUUGUCAAGCGGGCGAGGGAUCCGUCAGUGAUCGGGAAGGCUGAGAGGCGUUGGCCCCUCCCAGGGCCCGGAAACGUCCCGUGACGUCACAGGGGCGGGCACCACUGUGGGCCCCCAGGCAAUAGGAGUCAGGCUGGUCAAAGCGAGGGGCCUCAUUGGCCAGUCCUUCGGUACAGAGGGUGCAUCUCAUUGGCACAAUGCUCCGACUCGCUGGCGGUCCACAGGCUGAAGACCGAGCGACGAUCCACACGGAAAUAUUAGCUUCAGCAUCGUAGAGAACAAAAAACAUACGUUAAACCAAAUAAUCACAAGCAAUCCAUAGCCAGCCUCUGACGGAAUGACGGUCAGACGCGCCUCCGAAGGGGACGGACGGCCUCCUCGAACUCCUCCUCAGACAUCGAUAGAGACAACCCUCUCGUUGUGGAAGGUGGAGCUAAAGCCUGUGAUGGAGGACAGAGCGGCACACCCCAGCCCGCCCAUGUCAGUGCUAGGUCCAGGGGCCACUUUCGGUUUUCAUAUGUGAAAAAAAGUGAACAAAAGUGAACGAAAGUGAAACGAAAGGGGGGCCACUUUAGUGGCCCCCCUUUCGUUUCACUUUCACUUUCGUUCACAUUUUUUUGGGUGAGCUCCCUUCGCAGGCCACCAGCGAGGGGGAAGAGGUGUCUGUUAUUCAGGGCGUGGAGCGGAGUCUCCAGACGAGGAACACCGCCGUGUCCCCCGAGGUGGAAGGGAACAGCCGGCUGGUUCUGUCACACGAUAAACGCAUGACCUACCUAGAUGAACAUAUAACCCUUUGUGUUUCCCCGCUGGGUUCCCUGUCAAGGAUCAGCUCUGUUGUGACCGGUGAGAGGACUGGACUCCUCGUCUCCUGAGACGAGCGGCGGGAUGUCUGAGCGCAUGAACGUUAGCCUCCUCCCGGACCGGCCCUGACCUGAACUCAUGAAGGACUGCGUGGAUAACCGGAAGAAGCUGGCUUCAGCAGAGAGACUCAUUGACGGACAUUAGUGCCAUCUGUGUAGGAUUUCUGUGACCACUUGUGAAUCCAUUCAUUAUGCAGAAUGAUUUAAAACCAAACCUCGAUCUAAAAUCAUCAAUAAGGGGGGUGAACUGUUCACACCGGGGGGGGACAACGCACGGGGCAAGCAGCAGCCAUCAGGAUCCCACUGUACAAUUGGUUAAGGUCUAGAGGCUCGUAAAACGAAAAAUAUGGCGAACCAGCUUGUUGCUAGCUCCUAGUUGGCAUAUAGCUAGCUUCUCCAUCUUAAGUUUGAAACACUGUAUCCCAGCAUCCACGCAGUCCUCAUUAUAAGUGACCAAAGCAGUCCUCGAUGGAGGCCCCGCCCUAGAGGGUUGACGGUAUGAGCUAGGACAGCUGACGGCAGACAAGACGGUAAAGGCUGCUCAGUGGCGGCGCCCGGCCAAUAGCGACACAGAGCUGAGGUCUGCAGAGCUCCGCCGGGAGACGACAAUAGAGGUGAUCAGAGUGGUGGGGCAGGGUCUCUCCUGGACCUCCCUAUUGGUCAGUGGGGACGGUGAAGGGCGGAGCUGAUAUGUCAGAGCUGAGGGGGCGGAGCUUUGGACUGCGUCUCAGUGGAGAGCAAAUGAAAGGGGUUCAUUCCGUCCCGAUAGGAACGGUUUAGGGGAUCGCUGACCAGAUGAGAGGAGCCAUCUCUUCCCAUUGUGGUCCACUGAAGCAGGAGGCAUCUCAGUGUUUAGAUAGGUUGAGAAUACAGCGGUUCUGUCCCCAGCACUCCCUCAUCCCCGUUCAGAUUCGGUUUCCGACGUUGGAGACGUCCUAGCACUCUCCAGUCCAAAUAGACCAGAGGCUCUCUAUAGAGGAGGCUAAGAUAGGCUAGGCUAAGCUAAGAUCAGCUAGGCCAAAAUAGGCUAGGCUAGGACACGAUAGGCCCGGCUAGGCUAGGCCAAGAUAGGCUAGGCUAGACCAAGAUAGGCUAGGCUAAACCAUGAUAGGCUAGGCUAGGCUAGAGCAUCACGUAGACCCCUGCCAAGUAUGUACAGCGAGAAGGCAUGACAAAUCUCAAUUAAAAGGAAAGACGUGCGAAAGUACCAGCUAAUGUACUUUGCCCUAAGUGGACUGUAUGCAUGGCACUGUAUCGUAUGUAUGCAUGUAUUUGAGUUUUUUGUACGGAGUCUGCGUAUUUCCUUGGUUCCUUGCUACGGUGUAGUGACCUAUAUCUGUUAUUUUGAUGCAUACCCUGUAACACCACAUGUAUGUUCCACGACAAAGCCAGAGCACUCUCCCGUGUAUUAUAAAUGUACAUUAUUCUUUUAUAUAUUUUCUAAGAAAAACUCCAAAUUAUAACGUUUUCUAUCACAUAGUUUUCUUACAAAAAGCAAUAAAAAAACAGAGCCAGUGGAGCACAGUAGGCCAGUAAUAAAGAGUGGACUGUGAAUAUUAAAUUCAAGAUGGUCGCCUUGCACACCCUGUGUCCCUUUGUUGACGUUGAGGACGGAUUCUCACGUCUUUUAUUUAUGUCUCUAUUUAACUCGUUCUCCGACUGCCACCCGGUCGGUAUAAUACAGGGAAAUACUUCACAGCCUCUUUUUUAACCAGACGUGUAAAUCAGGCUUGGUGAUAGUUUUUAUUGGCGGAAGGCUGCAGAACUAUAAAUAUCAAUAAAAUAUACAUUUUGAAGUCUUUAAGAA